UAGCGAGAACCUUGCUGUACAAAAGUCAAAGAAGAAAAAUUUUCGCCAUCGCAACAACGCAUUUUCCAAUCUGGGUGAAUUUUCACGGAAUUUAGUGCAUUGUGUGCAGUGAUUAGUGGUAUCCGUAGUUCGUAAUCAGCAGCAAAAGCAUGGGAAGGUCCCGAUCUCGCAGCCGCACCCCGAAGAAGCACAAGAGCAAGCACCGGAAGCGCAGCAAAUCUCGCUCCUCGUCGCACAGCAAACACGAAUCCCAUCGUAGCUACGACAAGUACAAGGAACGCAGCUCGAAAUCAAGGAAGCGUUCGGUAUCGGAGUCUUCCGUCAGUAGCAGCAGUGGCGAUGACCAUCAUCGGCGGCACCAUCAUCAUCACCACAAAAAGAGCUCCAAGAGCCGGAAGCUGACCGAAGUCGAGCGGCUGGCCGAGAUGGAGCGACAGAGACGACAGAAGGAGGCAGAGCAAAAGAUGAUCGAAGAGGAAGCCGCCAAACGCAUCGAACUGCUGGUGAAGAAGCGGGUCGAGGAAGAGCUCGAGAAGCGCAAGGACGAAAUCGAAACCGAGGUGCAGCGUCGCGUCGAAGCCGCCAAAAAGCAGAUGGAACAGGAGAUGAUGAUGGAGCUGGAGAAACGCCGGGAGCAGGCCCGGGAGGAAGAACGCCGCCGGGAGGAAGAAGAGCUUAAAAAGCGUCAGGAGCUCGAAAAUAUUAUCGCUGAGAACAAUCGGAAAAUCGAAGAGGCCCAGCGUAAACUGGCCGAAGACCGACUCGCGAUAAUAGAAGAGCAAAGAAAGAUGGACGAAGAGCGCCAGAAGAUGCGUAAAGAGCAAGAAAAGCGCGUCAAAGAAGAACAGCGCAUGAUACUGGGCAAGAACAACUCACGUCCCAAGCUCUCGUUCUCGCUGUCCAAGUGAAAGGUAUAAACGGACACACAGAAAUAGCGCUCCCUUCCGGAGGCAGACUGUCGCUUUUUGAGUAGCUCUCGGUUUGGGGACAGUGGGGAUCCUGUUUUUGUUUAUCCAUAUGUUUCUGCGGCCUGUGGGUGACUGGCGAAUCCGUGGGCGGUUCGCGGGGUUCAGAAUUUUGUGCCACAGUAGACAUUUGUUGAACAGUAACACUGGUACCCAAACGACAGAACGCCACCACACAACAAGUGCUAGAAAGGCAAACAACAUCCCUUUAGUGGUUCGCGUUGUGUAAAGCUAAGCGUAUAUCUUAAUUCAUGUUUUUUUUUUCAUCGAAUCACGUAUCGUGAUCCAUUCUACUAGAAUGUAAUUAGAAAGUUUGACUUCCAGGCAGAGCUGGAAAUAAAAACUUUACCGAAUCUUCCUGUUAAGGUUAGAUUAUGUUCAAAAUUAUGUUCAUUUUUAUAAAAGUUUUGUGUCUUGUGAUAAAAUCAUCAUUAAAGAAGUUGAUUUUUUUUUCUAAAUUGAGCAAUAUGAUGCAAUAGUUGGUAAUAUUCCUGAGACUUCUUCAAUGGUGAUUAGUCGCAUUUAAAGUGUACAUAAGUCAAGAUUCCUCCCCGAAGGGAAUCAUUUUGCUUAGAUGAUCGAAAUUAUCGGUUUGCCAAUCCUAUUACUUACCAUAUUUAGGAUAAAACCAUUUCUUUGGUUGUGUCUAUAUUAUGAAAGUGAAAUAAAUUGAAAAUCCAUA